GGUAUCUCCGUGCCUUCAAAUCUGGCGAGGAACGUCACCCUUAUCAGAGUCAGCACGCAGAGCAGCAGCAUCGCCGGCGGUAUUGGUCGACAGGACUCCACUAGCCUGCUGUUCUCAAAAAGAAAGAAACAGAGAAAUUAAAGAAAGCUGUGGACGCAAGUUCAAGAGAUGUAAAUACAGACAAGUUGCAAGCUACAUCGUAUAUCGCGAUGAUAUAGCUAAAUCAUGGAGUAGCUUUGCUUUGCUAGAAGGAAAGCGAGAGGAUCACCUGUUUAUCGGACGCGAGUGACGCAACAGACACGCGAGUGAUCACCUUUUUCCUCGCGAGAACAGGAAGAACAAACGGCGUUCGUUAGCGGCCGAUAAACGGCGUCCGAUGGUCAGCGCGCGCUAUAAGACGUCGUAGAUCACUAGCUGUUCAACAGUCUAUCCUGGCAGCGAUAGAUCCUCCACCACUUCCAUUCACCUCCAUUGUUGAUCGCAUUGUUGAUCGCGCGCAUUAUUCGACCAGUCGAACCAUCUUGGAAAAUCCAUUUAUCAAGGAGUGCGUUGCAGAUUAAGGAAGACGAUACUUUCGGAGACUUCGAAAAGUUCUAAAAUCCCGAAAAAAUCGUUGGAUCUUUGUAAGAAGAAAAAGCUCCAAAAGAAGAAACGAAGAAAUGCUGAAGAUCUGCAGACAUCAGUAUUUUCCGAGUGUGCCAUUCAAUGAAAAGACUGAUUAAGGAUAUUUUCAUUCAAAGUGAAGAUUUGCAUGAUACGGCGAUCGAGAAUAAAAAGGUGAAUCUUUGGAAUAGCUGGAACGUCUUCGUGAGAACAAAGAGAUUUAAUGAAAAUACGUGUGCAAAUGCUAAUCUGCCGAGGAAGAUUCAAAAUUUUAUCAAGAUACUAUCAAGGAUAUAACUAUCAAAAAGGACCAACAACGACACAUUUAUUCGAAAUUUUUUAAAUAAAUUACAUUCGUGAGGGUGUUUUUCCGUCAAGAUAUUCAUUCAAAAUUUGAUAAGGGAUCGUAUGUUAAAUAAUCAAAAUGAACGAAACAAAUGGGAUGAACAGAAUGAACGGUAUAAAUGGAAAUGCCCUAAAAAUGGGCGAUAAAUCCUUGACGCCGGAUUGCGGGGAAGAACAAAAGCUGAUCCCGUCGACCACGCCAACUACACCGAUGAUCAUGCAAGUCACGAAGAAUCCAUACUCUUCCCUGAAGUGCAGGAGCCGAUACCGGGCUGGACCAACGCCGAAGCUACGCCGUCGCGCCGUCCUGAAGAAUGGCGAUUGCAACGUACUGCAGUCACGCAUCUCCCGACGAUCGCUGCGCUUCCUGCAAGAUAUCUUCACGACCUUGGUAGACACGCAAUGGCGUUGGACACUGCUAUGCUUCAUCAUGAGCUUCUUCCUGACCUGGCUGGCCUUCGCGGUGAUCUGGUGGUUGAUCGCUUUCACUCACGGUGAUUUCGAGGAAAGCCAUAUGCCGCCCGUCCAGGUGGAGAACAACUGGACUCCAUGCGUCUAUAACAUCUUCAGCUUCACUAGCUGCUUCCUCUUCAGCAUCGAAACUCAGCAUACCAUCGGAUAUGGCUUCCGUUCCACUACCGAGGAAUGCCCCGAGGCCAUAUUCGUCAUGUGUAUUCAGAGUAUCUCUGGUGUUAUAAUCCAGGCCUUCAUGGUGGGCAUCGUGUUCGCCAAGAUGACGAGGCCAAAACAACGCACGCAGACCCUACUGUUCUCGCGAAACGCCGUGAUCUGCCAACGGGACGGCGAGCUCUGUCUCAUGUUCCGGGUGGGCGAUAUGCGGAAGAGUCACAUCAUCGGCGCGAGCGUGCGCGCCCAGUUGAUCCGCAACAGGACGACCAAGGAAGGUGAGAUCCUGUCUCAUCAUCAGCAAGAAUUGGUCGUGGGCACCGACGGGGAAAACGGUGACUUGUUCUUCAUCUGGCCGACCAUCAUCAUCCACGUGAUCAACGAUUCCUCACCCUUCUACAACAUGUCCGCGGAGGAUAUGUUAACCGAACGCUUUGAGAUCGUUCUGAUCUUGGAAGGAACAGUCGAAUCUACCGGGCAAACCACUCAGGCCAGGUCCAGUUAUCUCUCACAGGAGAUUCUAUGGGGUCAUCGUUUCGAUUCCAUGGUGAGCUACUCGAAGGAGCGACAAGGCUACGAGGUGGACUACUCGCUGUUCAACAGCACCACUCAAGUCGACACCCCAUUGUGUUCGGGCAGGGAGCUCGCGGAGUUCUAUAGGGUACAGGAUGACCUUCGUCAUCCGACCGGUGUUUUGAUCGACGAGGAACAUUUGAUAGAGAGGCAAUGUGCGUGCAAUUAUCGUCGGAUUAAUCAGUGUUGCCUACGAUUGCCUCUCACGCCUCUGGACAGCUCAAACAGCCACAACAGCGUAGAGAACGAGUACCGCUGGCGAAAUGGCUGCACAUUUCCAAACUGUAUCUCAUCCGCAAACCAACUCGAGAACAUCGAACAAUCCGAAAUGUUCGAUUUCGAUCCUGACGCCAUUCAGGUGAUGGAAGACGUAGAACUGCAACAACUGCCGGAAGCAGUGAAUAGGGAGAUUGUGAAGAACAGCCAGGAAAUCGUUUACGAAGAAGAAGAGGAGGAAGGACUCUUAGAAAGAAAACUAGUCAGACUGGACGAAGAAAACAGCAAUGCCGUAAAAAAUACCUAUCCUAAAUUCUACGAACGAGAGGACCUUCCUCUCAUAAAAGUUCAAGAAAAUCGCAGGGAUAUUAGACAUCAAAUCAGACAUACUGUACACGAUCCCGAAAAAGAAUGCAAGACGAAAAAUGACGAAUUUGCAAGGAAAGAUUAUGAAGUAUGCUUAGAAAAAAGAUUAAGACUGCAUGACAAGAGGUGUCAGCUGAUCGCGUCAGUAAGGCAAGACCAGCAAUUUGUGCAAGAUAAUAUUUUCAUGAACAGGAAGCAGAAGCCUUCAAAAGAGUGUAAUUCUAAUGAGAAGCAAUAUCAUUUAAAGGCGUUCAACAGAAGUCUCAGCGUGGGUGAUCCCUUCGUGACUGACAAUCGAAGAUCCUUCAGAGAAUCCAGAGAGAACGCGAUCAACAAUAUGAAAAACGUCAAGAUGAUGGAGGCAGGUCCAAAGUCCUUCAAGAAAAUCGGAAAGUACUUCCUGAUGCCGUUAGAUCACUCAAAUAACAACCCAAUGUUUCGUCAGCGACUGAAUUACGAUCUUCGACGAGAAAAUGGCAUUAGUCAGACGAAAAUUACGCCAAAACAGCAUAAUAACGUGAGUUUCGAGAACGAGAAGAUCACGAGGAAAACUCCGUUAAAUCUCGCAAAAAUAAUGAUACAACGUAAAGUUUAUCCUAACGACAUUCGCCUGCCAGUUUCACCAGUUUCGCCCGAAUCAGGAUUUUGCGAAGAAAGUCCAGAUAUCAACCCUAGGAAGCCUCAUUUGCUUGUGAACGUGUCGAAGGAUGACGAAAUCGUGGAAAGAGAAAACAACAGUUCCUCAGAGAGCGAUCUAUCGCGAAAGAACAUGAUAAAUGGCUUCAAUACUUUUGUUGUUCCAGAGGAAUGUGUUGAACAUCAUAUUGUCGAAACACCUAUUAGUAGAAACAACAAUAUUCGGGAUAUCGACAAAAAUAAGAGUUCUUCGGACAGCGAUCUUUCUCACAGAUAUCCUAUUAAUAAUGAUAGUGAUCUAGUGAAGUGUUCUAAAAACCAAGUUGCUGAAGAACCUUACUUAAGUGACAGAACAGAACAGAACGUUGAAACCGUUGAUGAGAGUAACAUUCUUUCACACAACAACAAUAAGGAGAGUUUAGGGAUAGACGACUUGAGAAUAUGUUUAGACAAUAACUUAUCCUGUAAAAAUUGAGUCAAAACUAUUUUAUAGAUCAAGAAGAACGCAAUGAAAUAUCAGUAAUUGAGAAAUCAAUCGCUUAUAUUUGAAAUACUAAAAUUAUAAAUUUUUUAAAUAAUGAUUUUAUUUUCCGAAGCAAGUGAAUCUAACCGCUGGUCGGUUGGUUAUUAUUAUAUAAUAAUAUAUUUUUUGGAAAGAGUUUUUGCGAUAAAGUGAUUUAAUUGAAUAAUUAUCAUUGUUCAUCGACCCGUUAUUUAGUGCCAAUAUCUAGUUCCAACUCUGUAUAAUUAAACGUUAUUUAUUACUGAAAUAAAAAUAUCCUUAUAUUUGUACAU